GCCUCUGUUUCCGGGUCACGGUGCAGAUUUGUCAGAUAGACCGUGUGCAUGGCAUGGUUGACAGGAUACGGCUCGUGCUUUAGCCCAGGGGCCCGUUGGUCGUUUUUAUCAGGGAUCAGCUCUCAGUAAACUGUCAGAGAGAGACUCAAGUCCGUGUGAUCGGAGUGUUUCAGCCGCUGACCCAAGCGUGUGGAGCUUAUUUCCUCUUUUGUCAUUGGUCAUUAGUGAACUAGUCAACCCUGCUCGUCGAAAAUGGCGGAUGUACCGACUGAGAAGAGUCUGGAUGAUUUCUUUGCCAAGCGAGAUAAAAAGAAGAAGAAAGAGAAGGGAAAGGGCAAGGAAACCACUGCGGCACCUACCACAAUGGUGCUGAAAAAGACUAAAAAAGAGAAGGAAAAGUCAGCGAAAAAUGACAACCAGGACACUCAGAUUGAGAAGGAGGAUGAAGAGUGGAAGGAGUUUGAACAAAAGGAAGUGGACUACAGUGGGCUUAGGCUGCAGGCUUUACAAAUAACUGAUGAAAAAGAGGAAGAAGAGUAUGAGAAAGAGGAGGUUGGAGAGGAUGGAGAGAUGAUCCUGGUCAGUGGAGAUAAAGUGUCAGGACCUUGGAACAAGUCCAGUGGUGCCCCGGCUCCUGCAGCCCCCGUGGAUGAUGAAGAGGUUCCUGAAACAAAACCUGCUGGAGUAUAUCGGCCCCCAGGGGCCAGAAUGCCCACUGCCAAAAGAAGCACCAACCAGGGCCCCCCUGAGAUCUUCAGUGACACACAGUUCCCUUCGCUCCUGGCCACUGCGAAGCAUGUGGAAACACGCAAGGACCGAGAGAUGGAGAAAACCUUUGAGGUAGUGAAACACAGAACCCGUGGUAGAGAUGAUACUGGGGGAGCUUCUAUACAGCACUUGCAACUGGAUAACCAGUACGCCAUCCUGGGGGAUAAGUAGACCUCCAUGCCCUGGCCCCUCCAGCACGGUUCUGCCCAGCCCCUGGAAGGAAACGGACUGCAGAGGAGGAUUGCAGCCACAGCAAAGCUCAUGCCACCACCAUCAUUACUUCACACAAAAUACGUACACAGAGCAAUAUCAAUGCAGCCCACCCAUCCUCGUUACAAAGACUCUUAACAUAUUCAACUUCUUUGGUUGGCUAACAGUGGACUGCAUCUGAUGGGGCUGAUGAAGCGGAGUGCAAGCAAAGGAUGAGACACCCAAAUGUUGACACUGCAGCACUCUGAACUGACAGCACAGUUGUCCUAUGGCUCGUGCUCAGAGCUGAAGUUGUGCGACCAAUCUUCUCUCUGGACUCCAACUCGCUUUGCUGAAGCAACAGGCGACUGAAAUGACUUUAGGAGAUGAUUUUACAAACUUCUGUAAAAAUGUCUAUUUUUUUCAAGAUGCUUCUAACCUAAUCUCGCACAUGAUCUAAUGGGGAUUUGAGUUGUUGGGGCUUUGGGAGUGGGCGUGUACUUUGCCCCAUGUGGACUGAGCUUUUGUUACCAUUUUCCUUUGCUGUGGUGGCGAAAGGCUUAACACAGGCCCUAUAUACAAGCUGGCUCUAAAUACAGAAACUUGUUUUCUUUCAAAAUGAUGGCACCUAAUGGACAAUAAGUUUCUAUAUAAAGUGGCCUUAUUGCUUUGUCAUCGGGA